AUGGAUAUAUCGGAUAGCACUGAAGUUGUCCCUGUGAUUCCAGUUUUGACCACUGUGACGUAUGAACUAUCAAUGCUGGUUCUACUUGUUCCUUUAUGCUUGUUGAGCCUUCUGGGCCUGGUCACUAACUCCAUCAAUAGUGUUGUCUUCAUCAAACAAGGGCUGACAUCGGACAGUACCACACUGUCACUGUUCGCACUGACACUGUCAGACUUGCUCGGCUGUCUCUUCAUGCUCCCCCACCCCGUGUGUUUCUACCUCCAGACGCUUGUUGUCACUGACGACCCAGUGAUACGUAACUGCUUGGUACUAAGCACCAUGACUGCUACAUACCCUCACAUCAUAUGCACACAGAUCACCUGCUGGAUCACGGUCUACAUAUCAGUGGAGAGAGCCAUCUGCGUCCUGUUCCCACUCAGAGUCAAACUUCUCAUCCAGUAUAAAAACACGGUCAUUAUUCUGGUGUUUUUAACUGCGGCGGAGAUUGCCUGUCAUGUUCCGUUCAUCCUUAACUGCCCGUUUCUUUGGUUGCCAGACCCGAGUAGGAAUACCUCCUACAUCGUUGUUAACUACCAGACCCCCACAGGCUUCCUGCUGUACGAGCUGAGCAACCUUAUCGAAUCAAGUAUCCUGACUUCAGCGGCCAUGUUUAUCAUCGCCAUAGCAACCGUCGCUAUAAUCACACGCGUUCGGACCUCCAGCGCAUGGCGUACAGCUAUGUCCACGAAGAAGGAAACGUUUUCAAAGGCGUCUAAGACUCAAAGCUCGUCGGAGAAAAGAAUUUCUGUCAAGGAUAAAGAGGCUGUCAAAGUGAUAGCAUCUGUGGCCAUGUUGUUUCUGGCCUGCCUCUCGUUCAGUCACAUCCCUGGUCUUGCCAUGUACAUGAUCCCGCAGUUCUCACUGGAUGGUUACAACAAAGACUUAUUCCAUCUUUUCUACACUUUCAAGUUCAACCUAGAUGCGCUCAACGCAUCAAUUAAUUUUUUCUUCUAUGUAAAACAAAGUACAAAAUACCGUCAAACUUUGUUCAAGCUAUUUUAUCAGCAGUUCAAUUAG